UUAUUUGGCAAUCAGACAGGGCAAUAUAGAGCUGAGUCUAACUUUUAAGGAAUUGCGAUAGUGAGGCCAAACCAGCAAUGUGCUGCAGUGGUCAUAAGACUGGGUAAAAUGACGAUGAGCCAAUUGCCAGUUUCUUCAUCCUCAUUCCUCACUUUCACAAUUUUGAGCGACGAUAGGCCUACGUACUUCAUUCAUUCCGUGGGACUUUUAUUUUGAAGUUCACAUUCCACUUCCGCUUUCUGCGUGUCACACACACAAGUGUCAGCCAGCAGGUGAACGCGGUCACAUAACUCUAAAGGACAGAUCCAAAGCGACACUGCUGUGUCAAACCAGCUCACCAUGUUCCGCACUAGGGAUAAAAAAACGCCAGAACCGUUCCAGGAUGUUUCGCAAGGUUUGAAGAAACUUUACCGGACUAAACUCUUUCCCCUGGAGGACAGCUACCAAUUCCACGACUUCCAUUCACCGGCGCUCGAGGAUGCGGACUUCGACAACAAACCCAUGGUUCUUUUGGUCGGUCAGUACUCGACCGGGAAAACUACCUUUAUUCGGCACCUGAUGGAGCAAGACUUCCCCGGUAUGAGGAUCGGGCCCGAGCCGACAACAGACUCUUUCAUAGCCGUGAUGCACGGUGACCAGGACGGGAUGAUACCUGGCAACGCCUUGGUAGUCGACCCCAAAAAACCCUUCCGCAAACUCAACGCAUUUGGUAACGCGUUCCUCAACAGAUUUACGUGUGCUCAGAUGUCCAACCCGGUCCUGGAGAGCAUCAGUAUCAUCGAUACCCCUGGAAUCCUGUCGGGAGAGAAACAGAGGAUAAGCAGAGGGUAUGACUUUGCAGCAGUACUGGAGUGGUUUGCAGAGCGUGUGGACCGCAUCAUCCUCCUGUUUGACGCCCACAAGCUGGACAUCUCAGACGAGUUCUCUGAGGUGAUCCGCGCCCUGAAGAACCACGAGGACAAGAUGCGCGUGGUGCUGAACAAGGCUGACCAGAUCAACACGCAGCAGCUGAUGAGGGUCUACGGUGCCCUCAUGUGGUCGCUGGGGAAGAUCAUCAACACCCCCGAGGUGGUGAGGGUGUACAUCGGGUCGUUCUGGGCCCAGCCUCUCCUGAUCCCUGACAACAGGAAGCUGUUUGAGGCUGAGGAACAGGACUUGUUCCAGGACAUCCAGGGGCUUCCCCGGAAUGCAGCGAUACGGAAACUCAACGACCUCAUCAAGAGGGCACGGCUGGCUAAGGUCCAUGCCUACAUCAUCAGCUCUCUGAAGAAGGAGAUGCCCAGUGUGUUUGGGAAGGAGAACAAGAAGAAGGAGCUGAUCGCCAACCUGGGAGAGACGUACCUGAAGAUAGAGAGGGAACAUCAGAUCUCCCCUGGAGACUUCCCUAAACUCAAGAAGAUGCAGGAGCUCCUGGCUGACCAUGACUUCUCUAAGUUCUCUACCAUGAAGCCCAAGCUGCUAGAGGCUGUGGAGGACAUGUUGGCCAAUGACAUCGCCCGCCUCAUGACCCUGGUCCGCCAGGAGGAAGCCGCCAUGCCCAGCCAGGCUGUCCACGGAGGCGCCUUCGAGGGCACCAUGUCCGGCCCCUUCGGCCACGGCUACGGAGAGGGAGCCGGGGAAGGCAUCGACGAGCUGGAGUGGGUGGUGGGCAAGGACAAACCCUCAUACGAUGAGAUUUUCUACACACUGUCGCCGAUCAAUGGUAAAGUGUCAGGCGCGGCAGCCAAGAAGGAGAUGGUGAAGUCAAAGCUGCCCAACACGGUCCUGGGCAAGAUCUGGAAGCUGGCCGACGUGGAUAAGGAUGGUUACCUGGACGACGAGGAGUUUGCGUUGGCCAAUCACCUGAUCAAGGUGAAGCUGGAGGGGCAUGAGCUGCCGGGGAAGCUUCCGGAACACCUAGUGCCACCUUCUAAACGCCACCAGGAGAUUGAUAUGGGAGAGUGAUAUGGGACUGGGAGGAAGGGGGGAAAACCACAAUCUAAUGAGCCAGGGACAGACUGGGGAGGGCUGGGUUAAGGAGGGGUUGUUUUGAGGCAUGGGGGAAAAUGUUUCUGAAGAUUAGCUGAGGGAUGGUUGGGCGGGUGGAGAGUUGGUACUUAUGAAUGGACAUUAACGGAACGAAAUGGGUUGAUUGCUGCAUGAGGGAAUGGGAUGGGGAAACUUGCUAAAUAAAUGUUUUGCAAAUAUAUCAGAUCCAAAAAAUAUACUGUCCAUAGGUUGAUCCAAAGAGACAUAAUUAACAUCCUUUUUGAAGAAAAAACAAUUCUAAAUUAGAAUAUUUUAUCUAUAUUUUUGUAUUUCCUGUCUGUUUACUAUGGGAUGCAUUCAAAUGCUUCCAUUUGAUUAUUUUCUCAGAUGAAUUAAAAGGAAAUAUUUAUCCCAAGAAGGUAGUCUAGUAUUUACUAUGUUGGAAAACUUUUACAUACUGGCCACGUUGCAAUUUACACAUUCAAUAAUUUCAACCAAACUGCUUGCGAGCAUCUGCGUAGCCAGGCGCUAAAAUUUAACAUGGUUCUAUGUUAGACACUUGACGUGCUGAAAGUCCCGCUUCUCCCAUCUACUCAUUGGUUUUUAGGAGCAUAUACCCACGUGGGUGAUUGAAAGAUGAAGUCCACACUCCAGUCCUGUUGGUAGCAGUAAUGCAUCUUAAAGUUGGUUGCCAACCGCAAUAUAAAAUCCACAGAAGACUGAACAAGGAGAGAUUAUUAGAAACUAACUAGGUUUCUCCUUUUAUCUGUGGAUUAAUUGUCGGAUUUGAGAACACACAAUUUUGUGUCAGAGUUUUGAUAUUUCAACCGGCGUAUCCUGGUCGCAUCUGGUGGGGAUUAGACCAACUCAACGUAUGCACGGUUAUACAUGUGCAGCCGGUUUGGUCAUUGUGUUAUUUAGAAAUGUCAAACUGUAUUGAAUUGAAUACCUAAGUGCCCCCUGUAGGUGAGAACUGGUCACAGUCUGCUGGGCUGGAAGCAAACACCUGAUGACAGGACUCGGCUUAUCUAUCUGCUUGUAAAAUAUGUUUUGGACAAGGGUGGAGAGAUACAGCUGUCGGCCUAUUGAUCAAGUGAAGAUACUGACAGAGUGUGAGAGAGAAGGAAGUGAUUAUGAGAUUCUGGAACACUUUCACAGUGAACAUGUGGAGAUCAUUUACAAUGCUGGAAGGACAGUUGAAAAAGUUCCAGAACGUUAACACAAAUCAUAAACGGACAGAGACAUACAUUUUUAGUUGAAAGUUGAAACCAUCGAAGCUUUCAAAAACACGUUUUAAACAACUAGACUGGUUUCACCACAACCUGUUUUGCACCAUUUCAAAUGCUCUUAUUUCCAUAUUUGAUUCAAACAGAUUUUACAAGAGUAACCAUAUGUUUACACUCAACCGAUUUACUUGAUUGAUUGCAAUUGACAAUGUUGACUUUUUCCACAACUCACAUACCAUCACUAUGACAUUCCCCCCCACCCAACCCUGCCUAGUUGUUUUGCUCAUAAUGCCUUGUCUCUAUGGUAAUCAUAGAUAUUUUUCACUCAAACUACAUCUACCUCGUAGAGAAUGGUCCAGGGACAGGAAUGUGAGUUAUGCAGAGGCACCCUGGUCUUCUGUGUGUUGGCAUUCUCACUGUAUAACAGGCUCAUCUGCUGUUUGAAUGCAGCAUGUGGGUUGUUUUACAUCUGUAGAAGCAGUUGUCUGUUCACACCUUGAAGCUUGUUUUUGUGCUUUGUGUUGCACCUUUUACUAUUUGAACUUGAUGCCCACUACAUACAAUGAAGGUUAUACCUA